UAAGCCUGCCCAGAACCGGCCGGGUUCCAUCAUCAUCUAGCGCGUGCAAUAAUCGCGCGCCGUCUUUCGAGGAGCCACCCCGCCUUUCGGUGGCGGCGCGUGUAAUUAACUGUUGACCAAAGGCCAUGAUGUGGAGAGAGAGAGAGAGAGAGAGAGAGAGAGAGAACCAGCAAACAAAACGGUCUCUUGUUUAGAUCUGCUGCUUCCGGAAGCAACUUCUCGAGCUUUUCAACUUCCGUACAGCAAUGGCGGGAGGACCGAACGAGCUGAAGAAAGCAGUGGCGCUCCUGGCCCUUCUAUGCUUGACUGGUCGCGCGCAUAUCGGAGAAGCCAUAUGGUUGACGAUACCGAGCUCAGGGACCAAGUGCGUGUCGGAGGAGAUCCAAAGCAACGUCGUCGUUCUGGCCGAUUACUACAUCGUCGACGACGAUCACGCCCACCUCCGCAGCUCCACCAUCUCCAGCCGGGUUACAUCCCCAUAUGGCGACAAUCUUCACCACAAUGAGAAUGUUACGCAUGAUCAAUUUGCAUUCACUACCACUGUGUCUGGGAACUACGUGGCUUGUUUCUGGAUCAAUGGACAACACCAAGAAGGUGCAGGAUUAACGAUUGGUCUCGACUGGAAAAUUGGAAUUGCUGCUAAGUAUUGGGAUUCUGUGGCAAAGAGAGAAAAGAUCGAGGGUGUCGAACUUGAGCUGAGGAAACUCGAAGGUGCAGUUGAAGCCAUACACAACAAUCUGAUCUACCUCAAGAACAGGUUUACUGGAAGCGGAUAUGAGAGAAAUCAGUGAGAUAACUAAUGCAAGGGUGGCGUGGUUCAGUAUAAUGUCACUCGGUGUGUCCAUUAUCGUAUCGGUUUUCCAGCUCUGGUACUUGAGGCGCUACUUCCAAAAGAAGAAGCUCAUUUAGAUGAGAGACUUUUCAGUGUUUCAUACAGGUUGAGAUUUAUCUACACGGUAAGGAAAAUGAUGGGAAUAUCUACACUUGCUGAGGCGUUAUUUCCCUCCAUUUUUUCAGGGGACGCCAUAGAAUAGUUCUUGUACCAUAUCAAAAGUUGUUCUUGUACCAUAUCGGUUGUUUGAGAUCGUAGGCACUUGCUCUGUACUGAUAAAUUAUAUGGUCAUGCUCAAUUAUUUGCUAUUAGUGGUGAAAAUCCAGAAAGGUGAGAAAAUGUUUAUGGCUACAGCGGAACUUUAUUUAUUUUGGUGGAUGGAAGAUAUUGAGAAAACAUUAGAUGGUUGUUACUCA